UUGAGUUCUAGGGAAGAUUUUUCCAUCAAAUUCCAUGGGCUUUCCACUCCAUGUCAUGCUCCAGCUCCUCAUUCUUCCCAUUUGGGUACAAGAAUCAGAUUCUUCACAUAGGAUAAAGCACAAAAACAAUGAAACAGCUAUUUUCGGAGAAAAUGUGACUAUUUUCUGCAAUUUGACAACACCAGAAAAUGUUGUGCAAAUUACCUGGCAGAAGAUCCAAAACUCUUCGCCACAAAAUAUUGGCACUUAUAGCAGUAAAUACGGAGAAAAGAUUCUUCCACCGUAUGUAGAUAGGCUGAACUGCAAGAUCAUUGAACCCAAUUCCUCAUUUAUAACUAUCCGUGAAGUGACAUUUGAAGAUGAAGCCUGCUACAGAUGUCUGUUCAAUGUGUUUCCAGAUGGCAGCCAUGGAGGACAAAUCUGCCUUAACAUUUUAACUGUAUCAGAAUUAAGAACUGAACUCCAAUUCGAUCCUGACUCUGAACGUCUUCUUAGCCUUAGUUGUUCAGCUGUGGGAAAACCUGCUCCUCAAAUAUCUCUUUUCCCCUCACGAGUCUUAAUUAAUUCAUCAGAGGAAUAUUCUACUCAGAAUUCAAAUGGCACAAUAACUGUCACUAAAAUAUGCACCAUCCCUUUGGAGACUGUGAGGUCUCUAGGGCUCCAACACCUGAUUGUGUACAUGGAUCAUCCUCUAAGGAAUGAAGAGAAGAUUGUUCCUCUGUCACUAAAACAAGAAUGUACAUCUGGUUCUUCUUUUUGGGUACCUACAGUUCGUACACUCAUAGUUUUUUUAUGUGUUUCAUUUGUUGUCAUCGUCAUUCUUUAUAUCAUCCUGAGAAAGAAAAAGUCACAGAAUAUGUGUGAACAAACACCCCAAUUGAGACAGCCUUCCAUGAAGAACUUAAUGAGUCACCCUCGUUUCACAUACAGGUGGUGAUCAAUGAAACCAAUUUGAUGAGCUAAGAACUCUGGAACUUGUUACAAUAAAAACAAUCCUCAUCAUUAACGCAAGUGGAAGGAAAUUCUCCAAGCAUCUCUUGUAUUAACCUGGAUAGAGCUGGAGCCCAUUCUACUAAGUGAAGUAUCACAAGAAUGGAAAGUCAAGCAC